AUGCGCUUCUUUGAUACAGAAUACGUGAGGGGAGAAACACAACGAACUUUGUUUUCACUUUUACCUAAUAAAUUACACAGACAAAUGUCAACUGCCGAGAUAUACAACAAAGCCAACAACUCAUUGAACACAAUAUCCAACUUGUGGCAAUCCAUGUUACAAAUCAUUCAAGCAGUGUCCUCAGCAUCUGCAGCCUCGUUGACCGUAGAGCCUGACUUGGCUAAACUUCAAAAGACACGCAAAGAGUACGAACAACUCAUGACCACACUAAAAUCAGAUUUGGAAUGGUUAGAGAAGAAUAAAGUCAAUGAGAGUGAGUUGGAUUUAGAAACAGAGGCAUACACUUCAGGUUUAGUGGAGCAAGAAGCAUUACAAAAGGAAUCAACGCGUGUGAAUGAUCAAUUGAAGCGACUAUUAAAUCAAUCAUAUGCUUUACAAUUUCAACUGGAGAUGUUGUUUACUUCUUCACAGGAUGUCAAGUUGAAUUGA